ACAUUUUUAAAAAACUAAACUAUGCUGAGGAUCCAUAUAUGAAGGAGUUUGGAAUAACUGUUAAUCCCAAGCCGUUAGUUCCUAUUGGUAGAGUAAUUGAGCCCCCCAAUUUAAAAUACAUGGAUGAAGAAGUUGUAAGACCCAAGGAUGGAUCUUGGAAUAUGAAAGGUAAAGAGUUCUUUAUCUCGGUAAAAAUUGAAUCAUGGGUUCUGUUAAGCUUUGCUAAUGAACAAGAUUGUCACUGGGGAAAUUUAAACAGAUUUUCCACAUUAUUGUGCGAUAUUUCUAAAAAAAUUGGAAUUGAUAUAAACAAACCAUCUUUUAUCGAUAUUAUAGGAUCUAAGCAGGUUACCAUUUCCGAUAUUCUUCAUUCAAUGAAAAAGAAAUACCAAGCCAAUUUAAUUGUGAUUGUUUUACCUGUCAAAAAUGACAAGCUUCUGUAUAACGAAAUAAAGCAAGCUGCAGAAAUUAAGUUGGGAUUAGUUACGCAAUGCGUAAGAGUUGCUAAUGUUGUUGAAAAGGCCUCAGCGUCUUUAAUUAGUAAUUUGUGCCAGAAAAUUAAUUCUAAAUUGGGGGGUGUAAAUACUUCGUUGAUAAAGGGAGAAAGACCUGCUAUACUCGAACGAUCCUUUAUAGUUAUUGGAGCUGAUGUCAAUCAUUCAAAUCCGAAAAGAGGAAAAGAAGAUGAGAAGAAAGAUGAUAAAUCAAAGCAUACAAAAAACAAAUUCAAACCAACAUCAAUAGCAGCUGCUGUAGGAAGUCUAGAUGACCACCCGUAUCGAUAUGCAGCAACUGUAAGGGCUCAAACUAAUCCUAAUGAAGAUAGACGCAUCAUUGAAAUAAUUCUAGAUUUAGAAAAUAUGGUCUUAGAUUUGUUGAGAGCUUAUUAUAGAAAAAACCAGGGGAGAAAGCCAGAAAAGAUAAUAUUCUACCGCGAUGGUGUAAGUGAGGGUGAAUUUGCAAAAGUAAAAGAACACGAAGUGAAUUGCAUUAGAAAAGCUUGCAGAAGAUUAGGCGCAGACUAUGCACCUAAAAUUACAUUUAUUGUGGUUCAGAAACGUCAUCACGUGAGAUUUAUGCCCAAAGAUUACAGAGAUGGUGUUGGAAAAAUGAAAAACAUAGCUCCUGGUACCACUGUAGACAACACAGUUGUUCAUCCUCAGCAUUUUGAUUUUUUCCUGUGCAGCCACUUUGGUUUGCAAGGGACAAGCAGACCUGGCCUUUACACUGUUGUAGAGGACGACAAUGACCUGACAGCAGAUGAAUUACAAAAGCUGACGUAUUACUUGUGCUAUACUUUCGCUCGAUGCACAAAAAGCAUAUCUAUUCCAGUACCUGUUCAGUACGCAGACUUGGCAGCUUAUCGCGCACGACGGCAUCUGGAGUUCAAGUUAAAAGAAUUCAAUCUCGAUAACAAUUCUUUAAUUCCAAACUCUCUUUUCUUGUCCAUUCACGAUUCCUUAAAAGUUGAUAAGCAAUUGCAGGACAGUAUGUAUUUUGUAUAAAUUUGUGUAUUUCCACUACUUUUGUUUUAAAACUAGAUUAAUCACGUGAUGCAACUAUUACUUAGGAGAAAUUAUUAAAUUGAAAAUGUGAGUUAUUUUUAAAGUGCGCUUCGAAAGAAAAAAUGAUUGCUCUUAGAAAAAGUUAAGGUAAUUUAGCCUUUUACAAUGAAAUUGGAAAUUCGUUUUGAAAAAUAAUCCUCAUACAUAUUAUAUAAUAGCUCAAUUCACUGAUCGAGUAACUCUUACGUCAAAACAACAAUGAAACUCGCGCCAUAGCAUGAUAAUUUGAUAAUAUUUUCUGGCAAUGUUUGACAUGCAGGGAAAUGCUUUAUUUUGACAAGGCUGAACAACGUCCGGUAACUUAACUGCUUGAGUUUUGUUGGUAAAAUGUUUUAUUGGUAUUGGUGUAAUUUUAGGAGAAUGAAAACCGAAAAAGUGGUCAACAAUGAACGCUAUCUACUGGAGUUUAGGGUUCAUCCACUGGAGUUAGGAUUAAAAUUUCAACUAUCAAAAUAUCACCAAACAGGCAAUUGCUUCGUUCAGUUCAAAUGUAGAAUCAAUUUUCACCCGUCAUACCUUAACGGGCUAUUUUCCUGUUUAUAAAGAAAGAACAAUGUGAAAUACACCGCCAGCUCAGUCAUUUCCAGAUUUACUGAAAGAACAAUGUGUUGAAAAUAAAACUUCCAUUGAAACAUUAUUUUUUACUUUUUGUCAGUAAAUUUGUACUUUCAAAAAGAAGUGGAAAUGUUUCACUUUGUCCCAUACAUAAGGCAAAAUAAAAAAUAAAAUAUUUUUUAUUUGAUUGAAAAGAAAACAUUUUUCAUCAAAUGAAUGAAUAAGUAACAAAGGAAUAUACGAAUAAAUACACAAUUUGUGAGGAAAAAUAAAUGAGCGAGAAACUUUGUGAUUAAUUAAUUCAAAUUAAUGUAAAUAAAUUAAUAUGUAAGUGAUUUAAUAAAUGAAUUAAUAAGUAAACGAAAUGAAUUGUUUCUUUUUGCUCAGCAUGCACUAGACAAAUUGUAUUAAAUAUUUAAAAUCAAAACAUGCCCAAUAUAAUGUUAACAAAAUGCAUCACUGGACAUCAGUAAAUCUCAGUUCAUACUUAAAAUGUUAAUAACAAAAACCUUAACAUUUUAAAACAAAAAUUAUUUUGAUUAACUAAAAAAUAUUAGAAUAUUUGUGUAUCAAAUUUUGAAAAUGACUUUUUUUUGUAUAACUUGAUUUUUGGAGCUUUUUCUUUCCGAUAGGAAUAUACUUAAAAUUGAAGAAUGUAGCUAAAUAAUUGCUAGAUAGAUCGCGCAGAGAACUG